UCGGCGCAUUCCGGAGCUCCCCCACCUGGGUCGCCCCCGGUGCCCGGCCAGGCUGCUCCCCGCCCCCGGCUGCUGGCUCUGCACGGCUGGCGAACCAGUGGGGUCGUGCUGGCUCAGCAGGCAGCCCGAGGUCCCCCCUUGACUGACGUACAACGCGCCUUCCAACCACCUUUCUUCGAGUGGUGGGACGCCGUACAGGACAAAAGCGGUGCCGUACUGCGUUACGAGGGUGUUGAGGCUACGCUGGCGCUCCUGGUUUCGGAGCUUCAGCGAUGCUCUGCGGCUGGGCGGCCUGUGGUUGGACUUGUUGGGUUCUCCCAGGGGGCGAUGUUGGGCGGCCUGGUGGCGGCGUUGCAGGAGCGAGGAGAGGGGGGCCUGCGGGAUAUUCCGCCGCUGCGGUGCGUGGUGCUCAUCGGGGGCGGUGUCGUACGUGACCCGGCCUUCGCGCACCUCUGCCAUCUCAUCGGUCGUUUGGAUCCGUUGCAGCCCAACGGCGAGCAGCUGGUGGGAAUGUUCAAACAGCCGCUGGUGCUGUUUCACGAUCAGGGCCACGUAGUUCCGCGGCUAUCCGCCGAUCAGCUCUGUCAGCUGGGGGGCUUCCUGCGAACGCACCUGCUGGGUUCGGAUCUGGAUCCUGACGCGAGCCCGGGUGCCGUCUUUCCACCUUGCCUGAUGAUGGGGAUCUUGCGGCUCAGGAUGCUACAGACGGUAUUGCUUGCUGGUAUGACGCUCGUGUUGCUGCUGUUGACCUGCUGUUAG